UGCGGAAGCUAUCACGAUCUCCGAAGCUGAUCAUCCUAAGCCGUGACCAGGCUGUGAGAGCUCAAACCCGAAUAGAACGCCCCUGUGGCACCUGAAGCUGCCGAAGCUACCACCGAAGCUACUGCGAGCUCACGAGUGACGUGCUGCAGCUCUCACAAGCUGCUUUUGCCAAGUACCGUUUUCACCCCCGAAUAGAACGCCCGGUCAUUAUCGUCGCAUCUGGACUGAAAAAUGCCCCAUAUACAGCUAUAAUGGACGGGCGUUAUAUUCGCGUGAAGACGGCCCCAGUUCUGCUUCCGAAUCUGUUCUCCAACCUAUUCUCGACCUUGAGAAGCAAAGAGUACAUGUCCAAGGGGACCAAUUAGACAACACGGAGUCCGCGAAGAGACCGCUUCUGAGGUGGCUGUCAAGUUUGGCCUUUUUCGGCUGCCGUGGCCCUAGUAAAACGCCGGGGGGCUUUUCGGGGUUUCAAGGGUCAUCCUACGUACCCAAAAAACACAGAGAGGUUUGCCCAUCUUCUCCUUCCCUGUCAUUGUGGAGCUUCUCCCUGCGGCGAGCGAUGGCGGGUGGGCCUGUGAGGAAGGCCAAGCGGGCCGGGGGCGGAAGUCAGUACCCCAUUCAAGGCAUGGAGUUUCUGAAGAGCAAAGGGCAGCAUAUCCUCAAGAACCCGCUCAUUGUGGACUCGAUCGUUCAGAAAGCGGGGAUCAAGAGCACUGAUGUGGUUUUGGAAAUUGGACCGGGAACAGGAAAUCUGACUGUUAAGCUCCUCCAGGUAGCAAAGAAAGUGAUUGCAGUGGAAGUUGAUCCACGAAUGGUGUUUGAACUCCAGCGACGAGUGCAGGGCAGUUCUCAUGCAUCGCAUCUGCAGGUUAUCCAGGGUGACAUUCUGAAGACUGAACUGCCGUAUUUCGACAUAUGUGUCGCAAACAUUCCGUAUCAGAUAUCCUCGCCAAUAACCUUCAAGCUACUUUCACAUCGUCCGAUUUUCAGAUGUGCGAUCAUCAUGUUUCAGCGCGAGUUUGCGAUGCGACUAGUCGCGAAGCCGGGGGAUUCUUUGUACUGCAGACUCUCUGCAAAUGCGCAACUGCUCUCGCGCGUUGACCAUUUACUGAAGGUGGGGAAGAACAAUUUCCGUCCUCCGCCGAAGGUGGAUUCCAGUGUUGUGCGGAUUGAGCCGAGGAACCCGUUGCCGCCUGUUAAUUUUAAAGAAUGGGAUGGGCUGGUUCGGCUUUGCUUUAGCCGGAAAAAUAAAACACUUGGUGCAAUCUUUAGACAGAAGAAUGUAGUAGCACUUGUUGAGAAGAACUAUAAGACGUAUCAGGCGCUGCAAGGGGCGCUGGGUAGUAGCGCAAGUACCGACAAUGGCGCCACCGACUUGUCGAUGAUGGCAGAUGCAGGUUCAGGGCGGGGCGGGGGUGACGCAGAGGAGGGAGGUGGUGGUCAGGGCAUGGACGUGGAUAUGGACGGCGGCGAUAUGGAUAUGGAUGACGAUGGUGACGAGGUGACCAAAGGGCCUGUCAACAAGUACAAAGAAAUGGGCCUGGCAGUGCUCAGAGAAGGGAGCUUUGAGGACAAGCGAUCCUCGAAGCUCUCGCAGGACGAUUUCUUGAGAUUGUUGGCCUCUUUCAAUGCAAGAGGGAUUCAUUUUGCAAAUUAAUCAAGCCGUCAUUCAUCGCCGACAUCUCGCGUCUUGUGUUACUCUUGUAUCUUUUUUGUUCAUAACAGUUUGCGGUAUUUUCCCAACUGUUCUCACCCAAUUGAUCCAAUGUUUGGUGUGUUGUUUCGAACCGCAUCUCCGAUCUCUAUAGCAAUUUGAGAAAGAAAGAGAUCAGCGAGCAAGUUUGGUCCAGGGUUUUAAGUUUUUUUUUCCACUUACAAAAUCCCAGAUGCAACGAAGCCGGGUGUGGGAACUUUGAUUCAUAAGGAUUUGAAUUGUGAACUUGGGACAAAGAACGGCGAAACCGAAGGUUUUGAAAGGAAAGAAAGAACUAGAGGUCUCCUGCGUCUGCGGCAACUUGAGAAAGAAGGUUCAGCCAACAAGAAGUUUGGUUCAGGGUCUUAAGUUUUGAUCGCUUAUAAUUCCGACGUUGAACAUAGAACCGCUAUAACCGAAGUUUUUGGAAAGGAAAGAAAAACUCAAGGUCUCCAUUGCGUAAGUGAAAAACAGCCCUAGGCUAUGACACUUUCCCUU